AUGCCUCUGCCGUAUAUGAUCUUUUGGCUGCGUCCCGUGGCGACUGCCCUCUCCUUCGCUCGACAGAAUCCGAAGGUGAUUCACGCCAUCCUAACAACGACCAUCUGGGUCACUUUGAAAGUGCAUUCUCUCGUACUAGCAUUCAGGGAGAUGGCCGAGGCCUUAGGCAUCGACUUACAGGCCUUAGAGGCGGCAUCAGCAUUUGCAUGA